AUGUUUGCCCUGAGCCCCGGAACUUCCCCUCCGCCCACACCUUAUCUUACUAUUCUAAAUACAUAUUUCAAGCCAGGCUUGCUAACGAGGUUGGAGAAAAGGGUGAAAAGGAAGAUGGUGCUGGCUCUGGAGGAGCUGACUCGGCAAAUAGAAGAAACGCACAGCCGGCGGGAAGGGCUGCUGGAGGACGGCUGGCAGCUGCUGGAGGAGAAAUCCCGCGUUCAGGCUGAAAACCAGCUUUUCAUGGAACACCUGUGCAGGAGGAACGCGCAGUGUAGACAGAGACAGGAGGAGCUGUGGCAGCGGCGUUUCCAAGAAUGUGAAGAGAUGCAACAGAGGAGACAGGAAUUAGCCGCCAGAUACAGCCAGGGAAGGGCAGACCUUCAAGCCCAGCUCUCCCGGGGCGGAAAGACCCUGUCCGAGUUGAAGCAGCGGUUGCAGACACUGAAGCCCGUUUACAUCGUAAAGGAGAGGCAGGACAAGAAAAUGCAGGCCUUAGAGAAGGAGAAAGAGAAAAUCCGAGGUGAGACCGCUGCCAAGGACCAGGAGGCACACUUGCAGUUCCUGCGAGAGAAGGCUCUGAUGGAGGAACAACUGGAAGACUUACACAGCAUGGAGCUGGGGCGGGUCGACACCAGGGAGCUUACUGGGAAGUACCAGGCCUUGGCGCGGGCAGCCAAGCAGGCUCACUUUGAGUUCUGCAGUGGCCUCCACAGGGAGAACCAGCAGCUACGGAAGGAAUUGCAGCAACUGAGUCAGGAAUACCACAAGCUGGAGGCUACAAGAAGCCAUCUGGAAAAGCAGCAGCAGCGGUUGAAGGAGAAGCAGUGGUAU